AUGGCUUCUUCUUCUUCAUUUUCUUCUUCAACUGUCACAUCCAAAUUUAUUGGGUUUCUUCUUAUUCUCUCUCUUCAACUAGACUUUUUACUUGGGUCGGAUCUUCAUCACAAAAACCAAACUUCCUUCAGACCCAACACGGACGUUCAGAAACUUAGAAGAAUAGAAAAAUAUCUCAAGAGAAUCAACAAGCCUUCCAUCAAAACAAUACACAGCCCAGAUGGAGAUGUAAUAGAAUGUGUACCGUCUCAUCUGCAACCAGCAUUUGAUCAUCCCCAACUACGAGGGCAGAAACCACUGGAUUUGCCAGAGAUGCCAAGUAGAGCAAAUGAAACAACAAAUGAAGAAAGUUUUAAUCAGCUAUGGAGUCAGUCGGGUGAAAGUUGUCCAAUUGGGUCAAUACCGAUGAGAAGGACAGCGAAGACUGAUGUUUUAAGGGCAAGAUCAGUUAGACGGUUUGGUCGCAGACUGAGAAAACCAAUCAGACGAGACUCCUCCGGAGGCGGUCACGAGCACGCGGUCGUAUUUGUUAAUGGAGAACAAUAUUAUGGAGCAAAAGCAAGCAUAAACGUGUGGGCGCCACGUGUCACUGAUGCUUAUGAGUUUAGUUUAUCUCAGAUUUGGCUAAUCUCUGGCUCAUUUGGCCAUGACUUAAAUACCAUUGAAGCUGGUUGGCAGGUUAGUCCUGAGCUAUACGGAGAUAACUAUCCAAGAUUCUUCACAUAUUGGACGACAGAUGCAUACCAAGCAACUGGAUGCUACAAUUUACUCUGCUCAGGGUUCGUACAAACCAACAAUAAAAUUGCAAUUGGUGCAGCGAUUUCCCCAAGGUCCUCUUACAAUGGAAGACAGUUUGAUCUCGGCUUAAUGAUUUGGAAGGAUCCGAAACAUGGGCAUUGGUGGCUUGAAUUAGGAAAUGGACUUCUUGUGGGCUACUGGCCAGUCUUUUUAUUCAGUCACUUGAGGAGUCAUGCAAGUAUGGUUCAAUUUGGCGGCGAAGUUGUGAACAGCCGGUCAAACGGCGGCCACACGGGAACACAGAUGGGAAGUGGCCAUUUCGCAGAUGAAGGCUUUGAGAAAGCUGCAUACUUCAGGAACUUACAAGUUGUAGACUGGGACAACAAUCUCUUGCCUCUGAGCAAUCUCCAUGUUUUGGCUGAUCACCCAGCUUGUUAUAACAUCAGACAAGGCAAAAACAAUGUAUGGGGGACUUACUUUUACUACGGAGGACCUGGUCGAAACCCUCGAUGUCCUUGACUAACCUCAAACGAUGAAAUGAAAUAUUUUGUGUGAAUUAGUGCUAUAAUCCUGUUAUUAAGAUUUUUAUUUUCUUUUAAUUAGAUUGUUUUUUUUUUCUUUUGUUCUCUUUCUUUUCCUGAGAUUUGUUUUUUCAGAAACAUUAACAGUAAUAUUGAUGUGAAAAUAUAUAUAUUUUUCUGUUUGGAGAA